AUGGUUCAUUUGUUAAACUAUGAUCCUUGUUCCUAUUUCACCAGGGCUUUUUGCCAAUACCCUUGUUAUUCUGAGGUUAAGAGAAGUGUUAGGUUUAAUGUUAAAGCCUGUUUUGAUAGCUGUAAUAAUAUUGGAAAUGAUAAUGUUAAUGCGAAAAGAGUGUUUUUGAAGGAGAAGAAAAAUGGAAAUUCUGCUAAUGUUGAGCAUAGAUCACAAGGUGGAAGUCAUAAUAAACCUUUUUGUUUCCCUGAUUAUCAGUUUUCGCAGAAACUUGUAGUUGCGGUGGAUGUUGAUGAAGUAUUAGGAAACUUUGUGUCGGCUCUGAACGAGUUCAUAGCAGAUCGAUACUUGUCAAAUUAUUCGGUGUCUGAGUAUCAUGUGUACGAGUUCUUCAAGAUAUGGAACUGUUCGCGAGAUGAAGCUAAUAGUCGCGUUCAUGAGUUUUUUGAGACACCAUAUUUCAAGUCGGGGAUCCAACCUCUCCCGGGUGCUCAAAUGACCCUGCAGAAAUUAUCAAGAUUUUGCAACCUCUCAGUUGUAACAUCUCGACAGAAUGCAAUCAAGGAUCAUACACUUGAGUGGAUAGAGAAUAACUUUUCAGGUUUGUUUGAUGAGAUUCACUUUGGAAAUCAUUUCGCACUUGAUGGAGGGUCAAGGCCAAAGUCAGAGAUUUGUAGGUCUUUAAACGCAAAGGUUCUUAUUGACGAUAACCCAAGUUACGCAAUCGAGUGUGCUGAAGCAGGUAUUAGAGUCCUACUUUUCGAUUACGAAAAUUCGUAUCCUUGGUCUAAGACUGAGUUUGCGGAGCAACAUCCUCUGGUGCACAAAGUCGAGAAUUGGGAAGAAGUUGAACAAGAAUUAAUGUCAUUGAUAGUUUCAUAG